GGUGGUGGUUUUUCUUAGUUUUUGUUUCUCUCUACUCUGGAAAAUCCCAUCAGUCAUUUCACAGGUCUGAGGUCAACACAGAACUCAGAAGACAAAGACAAAUUCUUCUACAAUGUCGUACAGACGAGAACUAGAGAAAUACCGUGACCUGGAUGAAGACAAAAUCCUCGGAGCCCUAACAGAGGAAGAGCUCAGAACCCUGGAAAAUGAGCUGGAUGAGCUGGACCCUGAUAAUGCACUGCUGCCUGCAGGCCUGAGGCAGAAGGAUCAGACCACCAAAGCGCCCACGGGCCCCUUUAAAAGAGAGGAGCUCUUGGAUCACUUGGAAAAGCAAGCAAAGGAGUUUAAGGACCGAGAAGUUUUUUUGGGGGAAAAGCGAGGAAAGGUCUGGGUCCCCAAGCAGAAACCAAUUGAUCCCGUGCUGGAAAGUGUGACGCUAGAGCCAGAGCUGGAGGAGGCCUUGGCAAAUGCCUCAGAUGCUGAACUCUGUGACAUCGCAGCUAUCCUGGGCAUGCACACGCUCAUGAGCAACCAGCAGUACUACCAGGCCUUGGGCAGCAGCUCCAUCGUGAACAAGGAGGGACUCAACAGUGUGAUCAAACCCACACAAUACAAGCCUGUACCCGAUGAAGAACCAAAUUCAACAGACGUAGAGGAAACGCUAGAGCGGAUAAAGAACAACGACCCCAAACUUGAAGAGGUUAACCUCAACAACAUCCGGAAUAUUCCCAUACCAACCCUCAAAGCAUACGCAGAAGCCCUGAAAGACAAUUCGUAUGUGAAGAAGUUCAGCAUUGUGGGGACACGGAGCAAUGACCCUGUGGCAUAUGCCCUUGCUGAGAUGCUCAAGGAGAACAAGGUGCUAAAGACACUGAAUGUGGAAUCCAACUUCAUUUCCGGAGCCGGGAUCCUGCGCCUGGUGGAAGCUCUUCCAUACAACACUUCUCUAGUGGAACUGAAGAUCGAUAACCAGAGCCAGCCCCUGGGCAACAAAGUGGAAAUGGAGAUCGUGAGCAUGUUGGAAAAAAACACAACGCUUCUGAAGUUCGGCUACCACUUUACCCAGCAGGGGCCUCGGCUACGGGCGUCCAAUGCCAUGAUGAGUAACAACGACCUUGUGAGGAAGAGGAGGCUUGCAGAUUUGACUGGGCCCAUCAUUCCCAAGUGCCGGAGUGGCGUCUAGUGUGUGGUGACGAUGACCAUGCCUUUGAACUGGACAUGUUCUACUGAUAAUCUGUGCUCUGCAGUGGAAAUCAGAAAGCAAAAUGCCGGCACAAAAACCCUUUUGUGGUUCAGUUCUUUAUGCACUAAGGUUUUAGGUUAACUAGUGGUUGCAGUUGAAAAUUUUAUAAACUAUGGUUAAUAUGAAGUUUUUCUUUAGUCACAGAAGUUAAUCUGGUUAUUAUUUAAAAAACUAAGAAGCCCCAG